AUGCACUCUCCUGAACCCCUCUCUGGUGAUUCUGAAAGUGAGGAUGGCAGCGUCGCACCUCUACCUCCCGUGGAUGAUGAUUCUUAUCCUGUAGCACCGGACACGUUGUCCAAUGAUGUUGGUCCGUUCAUUUCUCGUGUGGUUCCUGUGCCUGCAUCUAUGGAUACCAAGUGUCGUGCUGGGCAUUUUCUGGCCUAUCUAACUGUGAAUUGGCUGAAGAUUCCUGCCUAUGAUCAGUCGGCCUUGAUUUGGUUCCACCGAAAGGAAUGCACUCCUGGCCCAUGUCUUCUGUGCAAGGGAAAUUCAUUUCCCUGCUUGUUCCUCACUCACCCCAAGCACUGCUUGUUCUGUUCCGUGCAUGGUCAUGCGUGCUCUGGUCCGGUACCAGCCUUAGAUUGCCCUGGUUCAUCGGAUGCUCUGCUCGGUGACUGA